CCACGAGCGCAGUCAGUAGAGCGUGCACUGAUACACAAUCAUCAGAUAGAUGCAGAAUGAGAAGCAAUAUUUGUAGAAAAUACCAUAUCCAGUGCACGGCACGCUUUCCAGAAGGUUUCUCUCCGACAAGUAGCUAUUUUUUGAUGAAUUCAUGACGGUUUGAAAGAGAUGCUUUACUUGGAGGCGGAUAGAGGAAAAAGGUCGACAUGACAAGCUAUUAGCUAGACAUAAUUUGAAGAAAGACAGCAUUCAUGCUGUGUUGCUGUGGAUCACCCUGACAUAGAAUUCUAUCGUUUUCCGACGAUCUACAGACAAAACACGGAUAAUUGCAACUGCAUCAACAAAAAUGGAGAGGAAAACAUCCCUUGUUUUGGGGAGAGAACGAAGGACCAACACCGUUAACUAAGUAGCUUGCUAGCUGAUACCGAGGCUUGGAUGUUGUUGUUUUGUCAGGGUAGUUAUCUAAAAUAUGAAUACAGCAUUGAAGCCAUGGUUUGUUUUGAACUAGUUAACGUUAGCUAAUUACGUUGUAAGUAGCUAGCUAGCUGGGACAUUAGCCAGCCACCUUACUAGCUAGCUAGCUAAGUCAUAACAAGCCAAUUGCAAAUUGUUAUUUCAGCUGGCUAGCGAACUUGUUAGCCUGCUAGCUAGGUCGUUUAUUAUUGGACAGGAGCCUUUUCUUAGUACAGUAGUUAGGAAUUGACUGCUGAAGAGUGGCAGUCAAUUAAUCUGUCUGUUCAUUGUGUCCAGUUAUUCUCUAGUAAUGAACCUUGUAUUUACCUUAGGACCGUAUCUUUAAAUGGCACUGAUACGGAUGUAGUGAGCCAUCCACUCCAUGGUGCAAUACAGGAGUUUAUCAGACUUGACUGAAUCUAGCUUGAAAGUGGUUGGCACUUAACCAGAAGGGUCAUUACAUGGUUUUAGAACAGAAUUCUACAAAUGUUUGUAGAGAACAUUACAUAAAACUUGAUUGACAGCACUGAAGUCCACUGCUUCGUUAUGCGUCUCUCCUCCUUCCUGGCCGUGUUCAGGCCUGCUCUUCCCCUUAUCCUGGGGCUCUUUUUGGGAUGCAGCCUGAGCCUGCUGAUGGUCUCCUGGACCCAGGGAGACACAGAUGACUCGUGUGGAGAUGAACUGGGCGAUAGGGGUCUCUUCCUUGGCAGCAAUAGGGGAGACCUCCCAGGGGACCAGAGAGGUGGUCCUGGGAAUGAGGACUUCCAGCCACACGUAGUACCAUACCACAAGGACCCCAACAAACCACACAAGAAGGUCCUCAGGUGAGCAUUUUGGAAUGGAUGCACAAAGGAAUACCACAUCCUAGCCUAACACUAGGUAUCAGAGACAAGAGUUUGCAAAUAGGCAAUUCCAUCGUAACGGAAUUGCGCUGAGACUAAGAUUUAUCACUUAAAAUAUAUACCAAACAAAAACCAUUGAUUUCAUAGUUUAACAAACCAUACAACUCUAUGCACAAGGACUACUUUGAACAAUUUACACUGAAAAUUCAACAAAAACACAUUUACUGGAAGAACUGUGCAGAUGCUAAGUUGUGUAAUAUAAUUUCGGUAAAAUCUUCCUCAGUUUCUUAUGUGACCAUGUUUUCCAAAAACUCUUAAAUAUCUUCUCCAAAUUAAGGUGCAAAUAUGUCUGCAGAAAGAAUGGGAUGUCAGUUAUGACAUGACACCUUGAGUUUGAAACAAUCUAUUUUGGUUAUUGAACUACAGUAAGUGAAGUGGAUUUACACCCAGUAACAGAAUUGUGGUAACGGAAUUUCAUCAUAUGUCCCUGAUCUGUACUACAGAGAAAUGCAUAAUUAUGGAUAUGAACGUCAUUGUCUUCAUGGUGAUGUAUCCUGAAUAGGUACACAAAGGUAGAAAUAUGGAAUAUCCUCCUUUUGUAUAUUUGGGUAUUAUUCUACACACUGGCUAUUAUUCUAAUGAGCUCUGCCCCCCCAAACAAGACCAAAUUUGGUUGGUCCUGACUGGACCAAAUCUGAACCAAUCAUAGACGUCUAUGUUUCACAAGUUUGGACAGCAAAGUACAGCACAGUAGAGUUCAGUACAGUAGAGUCAAGUAGAGUAUAGUUCAGGACAGUGUACUCAACUCUAGUGUGCUUUACUGUGUACUGUACUACACUCUACUCUACUGUACAGAACUACAAAAAACAAUGUCUGUGGACGUUGAAAUCCAGGCCAUGUCAGGCUGACCAAAUUUCAACUACCUUUCAAAGUCCAUGAGCUUACGUUGUCUGUCGGUGCUCAGUGGGUGAGGAUGCUGGUUACGUUAAAUGGAAAGAAAGGGGUCUCAUAGGUAGGUUGUCAGUAAGAUCCGGGAGAGGUGACAUACAUUGGAGAGAGAAAGAGAGAGAGAGGGAGGGAGGGGUUGUCCAGACUUUUCAUACUCUUGCUUUGACCACAAGAUGACAGAAAGAAAACAGUUAUCAGCUGAACAUAACAGUAUGCCAGUGGAAGGGAGGACAGUAGCAGAUAACCCAACUGUGGUUUGUGGCUACUGUGAUUUCACAUUGUAGCCAACUCAAUUCCGUUACUGAUUUUUCUGAAAUUCUGUUACUGAUUUGAUAACAGAAUUUCGAGUUUUAAUCACUUAAUAAUUAAUAAACAAAAUUGAUAUCAGUUAAAACACUAUAACUAAUUGAUAGGUCUACCUUGACUUGUUACUUCUGUGAACUUUCAUUAACCUCCCUCCACAUGAGGGAAAGAAAUUAGACAAUAUCUUAAAGAACUGUGGGUUUUUGGUAACGGAAUUUCAAGGCACAAGGGAAUAUUUCUUAAACUUACAGAUGGCAGAAGAAUAUAUCCUAAACUAAGUAUAAGUGUUGAUAUUAGUUGGGUGUUUACUUCAAUAUUAUUGUUAUUUAAAUCACUUUUAAGACUUUUUCUGGCAGAUGUUUCCUAAGACCCCUUUUAUCUGUUUGACAAGAAAUCAAAGCAUUUGCUUAUUGCAAAUGUUUAGGAUGGAUAAAGAAAGAAGUAUAUAUGCCUUAAUAAAAAUACAAUAAAAAAAAUUGAUUCUUAGCUUUCAUUAAACGCCCAAUUUGACAUGCUCCAUAGAUCCAAAUGGAAAUGACCAAAUGGAAGACACUGCUUAAAAUAUGCAGAGCUAUUGGAUCUCUUUUAUGAAAUACUAUUUUAUAACUGUGUUAAAAAAAUAUGCACCCCAGUGCGAGGCAUAUGGGUGGUGUUUUCUGGGAACUAACGCUUAUGCAACCCACUAACAUUGCCAAAUUCUUCAUCGAUAUGUGAAUGACGCAAAUCAUGACGUUCGCUGCAGAUGCAUCACACUUUGUUCGAAAAUGAAGGCCUUUAUAGGCCACUGUCUGUUUGAUCCUCACAGAUUUUCGUUGUUUGUUCACCCAUUUUAAAAGGCUUAAGCUUUUCUCUUUAUACUGGGUCUAAACAACCAUAUGGUUGAUGUGACAGAAUAUGUACAGUUCAAGUCGGAAGUUUACAUGCACUUAGGUUGUCGACAUUAAAAAAUCGUUUUUCAACCACUCCACAAAUUUCUUGUUAACAAACUAUAGUUUUGGCAAGUCAGUUAGGACAUCUACUUUGUGCAUGACACAAGAAAUUGUUCCAACAAUUGUUUACAGUCAGAUUAUUUCACUUACAAUUCACUGUAUCACAAUUCCAGUGGGUCAGAAGUUUAAAUACACUAAGUUGACUGUGCCUUUAAACAGCUUGGAAAAUUCCAGAAAAUGAGUCAAUUGGAGGUGUACCUGUGGAUGUAUUUCAAGGCCUACCUUCCCACUCAGUGCCUCUUUGCUUGACAUCAUGGGAAAAUCAAAAGAAAUCAGCCAAGACCUCAGACAUUUUUUUUGUAGACCUCCACAAGUCUGGUUCAUCCUUGGGAGCAAUUUCCAAACGCCUGAAGGUACCACGUUCAUCUGUACAAACAAUAGUACGCAAGUAUAAACACCAUGGGACCACGCAGCCGUCAUAACGCUCAGGAAGGAGACGCGUUCUGUCUCCUAGAGAUGAACGUACUUUUGUGCAAAAAGUGCAAAUCAAUCCCAGAACAACAGCAAAGGACCUUGUGAAGAUGCUGGAGGAAACGGGUACAGAGGUAUCUAUAUCCACAGUAAAACGAGUCCUAUAUCGACAUAACCUGAAAGGCCGCUCAGCAAGGAAGAAGCCACUGCUCCAAAACCACCAUAAAAAAGCCAGACUACGGUUUGCAACUGCACAUGGGGACAAAGAUCGUACUUUUUGGAGAAAUGUCCUCUGGUUUGAUGAAACAAAAAUAGAACUGUUUGGCCAUAAUGACCAUCGUUAUGUUUGGAGGAAAAAGGGGGUACCUUGCAAGCCGAAGAACACCUACCCAACCAUGAAGCACGUGGGUGGCAGCAUCAUGCUGUGGGGGUGCUUUGAUGCAGGAGGGACUGGUGCACUUCAUAAAAUAGAUGGCAUCAUGAGGAAGGAAAAUUAUGUGGAUAUAUUGAAGCAACAUCUCAAGACAUCAGUCAGGAAGUUAAAGCUUGGUCGCAAAUGGGUCUUCCAAAUGGACAAUGACACAAAGCAUACUUUCAAAGUUGUGGCAAAAUGGCUUAAGGACAACAAAGUCAAGGUAUUGGAGUGGCCAUCACAAAUCCCUGACCUCAAUCCUAUAGAAAAUUUGUGGGCAGAACUGUGCCUCAACACAAUCCUGUCUUGACGCUCUACUGACAAUUCCUUCGACCUCAUGGCUUGGUUUUUGCUCUGGCAUGCACUGUCAACUGUGGGACGUUAUAUAGACAGGUGUGUGCCUUUCCAAAUCAUGUCCAAUCGAUUGAAUGUACCACAGGUGGACUCCAAUCAAGUUGUAGAUCAAUUGAAACAGGAUGCACCUGAGCUCAAUUUCGAGUCUCAUAGUUAAGGGUCUGAAUACUUAUAAGGUAUCUCCGUUUUAUAUUUUUUAUACAUUUGCAAACAUUUCAAAAAUCCUGUUUUCGCUUUGUCAUUAUGGGGUAUUGUAUGUAGAUUGAUGAGGAAAAAUGUUUAUUUAAUGCAUUCUAGAAUAAGGCUGUAACAUAACAAAAUGUGGAAAAAGGGAGGGGGUCUGAAUACUUUCCGAAUGCGCUGUAACUAAAGCCUGCCUCUCCAUGCCUCUUGGUCCUAGGCUUUGGGAUAGUUAAAUGGCCAGUGCCAGAGUACCUGAGGGACGUACUGGGUACAUAACUCAAAAGCAUGUCUGACAUGUAUUGGGGUGCACAAUCGUGGAUUGAUUUAAAAACCAAUAGAAGAAUCUUAAAAUGAAUUCUAAAUCUCACAGGCAGCCAGUGCAGAGACGUUAAAACCGGUGUAAUGUGUGCUCUCCGUCUGGUCUUGGUCAGUACCCGUGCUGCAGCAUUCAGUAUGUUUUGCAGUUGGCCAGUGGCUUUCUUGGGUAGACCAGAUAGGAGAGCAUUACAGUAGUCAAGCCUGCUUGUAAUAAAAGCAUGGAUGAGUCUCUCUGUAUCAACCUGAGAUAGAAAUGGCCGCACCUUGGCAAUGUUCCUCAGGUGAUUAAAAAGCUAUUAUGGUCACAUUCCUAAUGUGUGAUUAGAAAUUGAGUUCAGAAUCAAAAAUGACACCUAGGGUUUUUUACCUGGUGUUUUAUCUUUAUUGCCCGUGAAUUAAAAUGGGCAGCUAGAUUCUCUCGCUGUGCUUUGGCUCCAAUAAUAAUAAUAAGUACAUUGGUCUUGUCUUGAUUUAGCUGGAGGAAGUUUUAAGCCGUUUAAGUAUUUAAAUCACUAAUACAGUCUAAUUUAUCUGAGGAGAUAAUAUCCUCUGGUGACACAGAAAUGUAAAGUUGUUUAUCGUCUGUGUAGCAGUGAAAAUCAAUGCCGUGCUUUCUGAUAACACUGCCAAGGGGUAACAUACAGUACCAAUCAUAAGUUUGAAAACACCUACUCAUUCCAGGGUUUUUCUUUAUUUUUACAAUUUUCUAGAAUAAUAGUGAAGACAUUAAAACAAUGAAAUAACACACAUGGAAUCAUGUAGUAACCAAAAAUUGUUAAACAAAUCAAAAUAUAUUUUAUAUUCCAUCACUCUCCUUCUUGGUCAAAUAGCCCUUACACAGCCUGGAGGUGUGUUUUGGGUCAUUGUGCUGUUGAAAAACAAAUGAUAGUCCCACUAAGCCCAAACCAGAUGGGAUGGCGUAUCGCUGCAGAAUGCUGUGGUAGCCAUGCUGGUUAAGUGUGCCUUGAAUUCUAAAUAAAUCACAGACAGUGUCACCAGCAAAGCACCCCCACACCAUAACACCUCCUCCUCCAUGCUUUACGGUGGGAAAUACACAUGCGGAGAUCAUCCGUUCACCCACACCGCAUCUGACAAAGACACAGCGGUUGGAACCAAAAACCUCAAAUUUGGACUCCAGACCAAAGGACAAAUUUCCAAAGCUGUCAUCAAGGCAAAGGGUGGCUACUUAAUGUAAAAUAUAUUUUGAUUUGUUUAACACUUUUUUGGUUACUACAUGAUUCCAUAUGUGUUAUUUCAUAGUUUUGAUGUAUUCACUAUUAUUCUAUAAUGUAGAAAAUAGUAAAAAUAAAGAAAAAACAUUAAGGUAUGUCCAAACUUUUGACUGGGACUGUAUAUUUUAUAUUUGAGAUUCUUCAAAGUAGCCACCCUAAUCUAGAUUACCUACAUUCGUUAGGCCCUAAUCUAUGGAUUUCACAUGACUGGGCAGGGGCGCAGCGAUGGGUGGGCCUGGGAGGGCCCACCCACUGGGGAAUCAGAAAUCAGCCAAUCAGAAUCUGUUUUUCCCCACAAAAGGGCUUUAUUACAGACAGAAAUACUCCUCCGUUUCAUCAGCUGUCCGGGUGGCUGGUUCUGCGGGUGAAGAAGCCGGAUGUGGAGGUCCUGGGCUGGCGUGGUUACACGUGGUCUGCGGUUGUGAGGCUGGUUGGACGUACUGCCAAAUUCUCUAAAACAACGUUGGAGGUGGCUUAUAGUAGAGAAAUGAACAUUCAAUUAUCUGGCAACAGCUCUGGUGGACAUUCCUGCAGUCAGCAUGUCAAUUGCACGCUCCCUCAAUUUGAGACAUCUGUGGCAUUGUGUUGUGUAACAAAACUGCACGUUUUAGUGUGGCCUUUUAUUGUCCCCAGCACAAGGUGCACCUGUGUAAUGAUAAUGCUUUUUAAUCAGCUUCUUGAUAUGCCACACCUGUCAAGUGGAUGGAUUAUCUUGUCAAAGGAGAAAUGCUCACUAACAGGGAUGUAAACAAAUUUGUGCACAUAAUUUGAGAGAAAUAAGCUUUUUGUGUGUAUGGACAAUUUCUGGGGUCUUUUAUUUCAGCUCAUGAAACAUGGGACCAACACUUGUUGCGUUUUAUAUUUUUGUUCAGUGUAUAUAUAAAGUGUAAUAUUGGGAUGCAAACUCAAAAUUGUAUACAUUUCAACUCUAUAUCUGACAUGGUACAGGUGUCUUCUUUUUUUAAAAGUCCAUAACCAUGUGUGUGAGGUGGAUUCUUUUGUUUCAAAGUAGAUUUGUUUAAGACUACCAAGAAUCACUUUCUGUGACCCUGAUUUAGCCCACUGCAGUAAAAGGUUAAUAAUGUGUUCAGUUUUACCCUGCGCUAUGGGCAACAAGGUAGUAAAAACUAUGCACAACGGCUACUCUUAAAAAAACAGAGGGACUUUUUACCGUCAUUCUGUUACCAAAUUGUUUUUUGAGUAAUGUAUUUUUGUAAAAUGUUCAAUGGAAAUUGUUAAAAGUAGUCAUUGUACAUAGAGUUGUAUGGUUUGAUUAACUUUGCAAUCAAUGGUUUUUGUUUGCCAUACUUUUAAAGUGAAAAUUCGGAGUCUCAGCGUCAUUCUGUUACUGUGGCAUUGCCCCCAUACAGUUUGAUAAUCCUACUGUCUCGCUUCUCUCCGAAUCACCUCUUAAAGCUGAUUAUUGGCCUGGAUAGUUAUAAUUAGCCAAUUAACCUAGAGAGUCUGAAGAGACCACCAUUUUAAUGGUCUUAGAAUGUUUUCAAAGUACAGUCAGUCAUGGGACAGAAUGAAUCCAUUUCAUUGAAGUGUGUUCUUUUAUGAAAGGCUAACCUUACAGAAUAAUUUUGAUAUGACUAUGAUCUCAUUUGGUCAUAGCCUAAAUCCUUACAUUUAGCAUAUGGUGAGAGUUAAGUCUAGACUGUAGAGUUCAACAAUGAACCCAAUGACAUCCUAUCCCAGUACCUAGGCAUCUGGACAAGAAUGGACACUAGGCGCAUUCAAGACUUACAUUCACCAUGACAUAGUCAUUUACCAGACGUUUUUAACCACCUUAACUUAUAACAAGUGCAUUUUAAGUAGAAAUAACAUUGUAGUUACAACAUCGUAUUAGCAUAUUGUUAAAUAGUAGAUUAGUAAUUGCAUAGUAAAUCACUCUGUAAGAUAGGGCCUGUUCCUUAUUCCAUCUAUGUAAUAAAAUAAAUCGUUCCGCUCUGCUCAGUAAUGAGUGAGUUUGAAUGUCCCUCUGAACGCCUCUCUCUGAUCAGAACGCGCUACAUCCACACAGAGCUGGGCAUCCGAGAGCGCCUCCUGGUGGGCGUGCUGACCUCGCGGGCCACCCUCAACACGCUGGCCGUGGCGGUGAACCGCACCGUGGCCCACCACUUCCACCGCACCUUCUUCUUCACGGGCCUGCGCAGCCCCAAGGUCCCCCACGGCAUGGCGGUGGUGGCCCACGGCGAUGACCGGCCCGUGUGGCUGAUGUACGAGACUGUGCGCCACCUGCACCAGCACUACGGCUUGGACUACGACUGGUUCUUCCUGGCCCAGGACGACACCUACAUGCAGGCCGAGAGGCUGGCCGAGCUGGUGGGCCACCUCAGCGCGGGACAGGACCUCUACAUGGGCCGGGCCGAGGAGUUCAUUGGUGGAGAGGAGAGGGCCAGGUACUGCCACGGGGGUUACGGCUACCUGCUCUCCCGCAGCCUACUGGCCCGCCUGCAGCCCCACCUGGACACCUGCCGCAACGACAUCCUCAGCGUCAGGCCUGACGAGUGGCUGGGCCGCUGCAUCAUCGACUACCUGGGUCUCAGCUGUGUGGAGGUGCACCAGGUAAACUCACAGCUGAGACGUCGUUAUUAUAAAACAUGUUUAUAGAGUUGUUCAAUAGAGGUUGCAAUGACUAUUACCUGUCUAUUUUAUCAAUGCUAAUAUGUCAUCAUGAUUUACAGUACUUUGACUACACCCAUCAGCGAUUUGGCUAACAUUUCCCUCUCCACUGUUUGCAUGUUACCUACAGGAGAUGACAUAUCGCUACUUUGAGCUGGGGAAGAAUGCAGACCCAGAGCGAGAGGACAGAGCCCAGUUUAAGAAUGCCUUCACAGUCCACCCUGUGUCAGAACCCAGCCUCAUGUACCGCCUGCACAAACGCUUCAGCCAGAUCGAACUGGACUGGACCUACCUACAGAUACAGCAGCUGCAGGUUGGUUUUGUUUAAUGGAAUCAGAUGGGCUUUCUCUAUGGUUCUCGCUAUUUGAGGAGUUGUCACUGGUGUUGGUUUGACUGGUUACGGGUCCAGUGUGCAAAUGUUCAGUUUUCCUACAUACCGCACCAAUUUCUACAUAAUCUACGUCUGGGCAGAAAUUCCUGUCUGACCCAAUAUUUAGACAUGUAACAGUAAACUAUUUUGUGAGGAUGUGAUGUGUGAAAUUCCAACAUCACCUCAUUCCAAAUUUACCUGCCAAUGUCAUUUUGUGAACAAUCCGUCAGUUUAAAAGUGUGAAUUUUGUAAUUCAAUUCAAUACAACUUUAUUUAUCCACUCAGGGGUAAUUAAGAAAACCAAGUCAGUUUUGUUAGUAUCAAAUCACGCAAAGUCCUCCACAAAGAAAAUAGCCUACAGUAUACAACAGACAUCACAUGAUUCCCUAAUACAAUACACCCCCCAUACAAUACAUAAAUACACAAUAUAAUACGCUUAUAAUAUUGCUUAUAAUAAGCUUUGAGAGACGCUGACCAAGGAGAAAAUCAAACCAUUACAGUUAAGCCUUGAAUCGACUACCCUCAACGUUGUUGAUAAACAUCCUAGUAUUGAAUAAAUAAUUAUUUUAAUAGAUGCUUUUGAUACAUGUAAACACUGAACAGUUGUCUCAUGUUUGUCUUCUUGUCUUUUGUCCAGGUCCAGAUCAACAACCUGAGUGAGUUGACCCCAGAGGGUAAGGUGGGGGCCAUCUGGCCAAUCGGGGUCAAUCCUCCCUUCAGGCCCAAGACUCGUUUCGAGGUCAUCAACUGGGAGUACUUCACCGACGAGCACAUCUACUCAUGCUCUGACAGCUCCCCCAAGUGUGAGCUGCGGGGCGCCGACCGGGCCGACGUGAGUGCCGUGCUGGAGACGGCCGUGGAGCGCCUCAACGAGCGCUACCAGCCCCAGCUGCGCUUCAGGAAACGCCACCUGCUCAACGGCUACCGGCGCUUUGACCCCACCCGGGGCAUGGAGUACGUGCUGGACCUGGCCCUAGAAGCCUUCACCCAGAAAGGUCACAGCCAGAUCAUCACCAAGCGGGUCAGCCUGCUCCGCCCCCUCAGCGCUAUCGAGAUCAUCCCCAUGCCCUAUGUGACGGAGGCCACCCGGGUGCAGGUCAUCCUGCCCGUCACGGCCCGCGAGCAGGACUUUGUGAGCAACUUCCUGGAUAUGUAUGUGAUGAAUACACUGGACAUGCACGACAACGUCCUGCUCACCUUCCUGUUCGUCUACGACCCCUUCGACGCCCAGCGGGUCAGCCAGUUGGACGUGUUCGCUAGGAUCAAGGCCAUGAUCGGCGAGGUGGAGAAGCGCUACGGCGAUGUGAAGAUCCCCUGGAUCAGCGUGAAGACGGAGGUGCCCUCGCAGGUCAAGCUGAUGGACAUCAUCUCCAAGAAGCACCCGGUGGACACGCUCUUCUUCCUGGCCUCGGUGUGGACCGAGGUCAACGCCGACUUCCUUAACCGCUGCCGCAUGAACGCCAUCAGCAACUGGCAGGUGUUCUUCCCCGCCCACUUCCAGGAGUUCAGCCCAGCCAUCGUGUACCGCGACCAGCAUUCCUCGGUCUCAUUCGCUGCAGAAGCGCCGCGCGACGGACACUUCGACCGCCACGUCUUCGAGGAAGCUUGCUUCUACAAUGCCGACUACAUGGCGUCACGCACCAAGAUGGCCGCCGACAUCCUGGACAAUGACGAGCUGCUGGAGAGCAUGGACGUGUACGAGAUCUUUGUGCGCUACUCGGGCUUACAUGUGUUCCGGGCGGUGGAGCCGGCGCUGGUGCAGAAGUAUCUGCGGCGGGCGUGCAACCCGCGCUUCAGCGAGGACAUCUACCACCGCUGUAUGCUCAGUAACCUGGAGGGUCUGGCCUCGCGGUCCCACCUAGCCUUGGCCCUGUUUGAGCAGGAGCAGGCCAACAGCACCUAGGGGGUCUAGUGGUGCAUUUCCACUGCAGGCUUUUUUUGGGGCCAGGCCUCAGAAGGCAACAUCUUUGGGCCAAACACUGGUGCAAAGCCUGACAGUGGAAAUGCACCAUAGGUUUACCAUCUACAAUGACUUGAUACCUUUGGCCUUCUUUAUGAACCUAAACCACACUGCCUAGACUUUUGGACGAGGCAUAUUAUGGGAUGUUGAAUCUCCAAACGGAUCCCUAAGAACUAAGAACCCAUGUGCAAUCUUAGGCCUGCAAAGACUGAGGAGUGAUGUUACAACGUGUAUUCCUGUGUGCAGGCUGGCAGAACUCUGUGCUUUCACUCCAAUGGUAGCCCAAAGGGAGGCUCUAUCGGUAGGUGAUGAAUGAACAAUGAGCAGCAUUGAUGUCUGAUGUUUCCGUAUGUGUUUUACCUU